GGACACUCGAGUUGUGGAGGAAAUCGUAAAGAGACCAAGGAUAUAGAGUCGUCCCAGACUCAGAUGUUCUCCUGCUCCCAUUAUCUUCUUUCCUUCACCGCCCAGACAUACCUCCACAAGCACAUCAAGAGGUGCCACCAUGACCUGUACAUCUCUCUACUGAGGAGUGGAGUGAUCAGACCAGAGACUCUGUCCUCCUCUCAAGCACGUCCCAACACCACUUCCUCCCUCACCCCGGUCCCCACCUAGGAAAGCAUGGAACCGGAAAAAGCCAGACGAGAUGUCUGUGACCAGUGUGGGAAGAGCUUCAGUCAUUUAGGAAACUUGAAGAGACACCAGCAUGUUCACUCAGGAGAGAAGCCGUACCACUGUGACCAGUGUGGGAGGAGCUUCAGUCAUUCAGGAUACUUAAAGAAACACCAGCGUGUUCACUCAGGAGAGAAGGUGUACCACUGUGACCAGUGUGGGAAGAGCUUCAGUCAGUCAGGAGACUUAGAGACACACCAGCGUGUUCACUCAGGAGACAAGCCGUACCACUGUGACCAGUGUGGGAAGAGCUUCAGUCAGUCAGGAUACUUAAAGAAACACCAGCGUGUUCACUCAGGAGAGAAGGUGUACCACUGUGACCAGUGUGGGAAGAGCUUCAGUCAGUCAGGAGACUUAGAGACACACCAGCGUGUUCACUCAGGAGACAAGCCGUACCACUGUGACCAGUGUGGGAAGAGCUUCAGGCAGUCAGGAACCUUAAAGAAACACCAGCGUGUUCACUCAGGAGAGAAGCCGUACCACUGUGACCAGUGUGGGAAGAGCUUCAGUCAGUCAGGAAACUUAGAGAGACACCAGCGUGUUCACUCAGGAGAGAAGCCGUACCACUGUGACCAGUGUGGGAAGAGCUUCAGUCAUUCAGGAGACUUAAAGACACACCAGCGUGUUCACUCAAGAGACAAGACGUACCACUGUAACCAGUGUGGGAAGAGCUUCAUUCAGUCAGGAGACUUAAAGAGACACCAGCAUGUUCACUCAGGAGAGAAGCCGUACCACUGUGACCAGUGUGGGAAGGGUUUCAUUCAGUCAGGACACUUAGAGAGACACCAGCGUAUUCACACAGGAGAGAAGCCGUACCUCUGUGACCAGUGUGGGAAGAGGUUCAGUCAGUCAGGAGACUUAAAGAAACAUCAGCGUGUUCACUCACGAGAGAAGCCGUACCACUGUGACCAGUGUGGGAAGAGCUUCAGUCAGUCUGGAAACUUAGAGACACACCAGCGUGUUCACUCAGGAGAAAAGCCGUACCACUGUGACCAGUGUGGGAAGAGCUUCAGUCAGUCUGGAGACUUAGAGACACACCAGCGUGUUCACUCAGGAGAGAAGCUGUACCACUGUGACCAGUGUGGGAAGAGCUUCAGUCAGUCAGGAGACUUAGAGACACACCAGCGUGAUCACUCAGGAGACAAGCCGUACCACUGUGACCAGUGUGGGAAGAGCUUCAGUCAGUCAGGGACCUUAAAGAAACACCAGCGUGUUCACACAGGAGAGAAGCCGUUCCACUGUGACCAGUGUGGGAGGAGCUUCAGUCAUUCAGAAAACUUAGAAAGACACCAGCGUGUUCACUCAGGAGAAAAGCCGUACCACUGUGACCAGUGUGGGAAGAGCUUCAGUCAGUCAGGAGACUUAGAGACACACCAGCGUGUUCACUCAGGAGAGAAACCUUACCACUGUGACCAGUGUGGGAAGAGCUUCAGUCAGUCAGGAACCUUAAAGAAACACCAGCGUGUUCACACAGGAGAGAAGCCGUACCACUGUGACCAGUGUGGAAAGAGCUUCAGUCAUUCAGGAAACUUGGAGAGACACCAGCGUGUUCACUCAGGAGAGAAGCCGUAGGCCUACCACUGUGACCAGUGUGGGAAGAGCUUCAGUCAGUCAGGACAUUGAGGGAAACACUUUUGUUCAGAGAAGACUAAAGAUCCUGAUCUUUAGAUCUCACUUAAGAAGUAAACAUUUAUGAACAUAGGAAAUGUAUGAGGCCAUGGUUAUCGACCAGAAAAGGGUGGAGUGCAAUCUCCGGUUAGGGGAGGAGAUCUUGACCCAAGCAGAGGAGUUCAAGUAUCUCGGGGUCGUAUUCACGAGUGAGGGAAAAAUAGAGCGUGAGAUCGAUAGGUGGAUCGGUGCGGCGUCCGCAGUGAUUCAGGCUCUGCAUCAGUCCGUCGUGGUGAAGAAGGAGCUGAGC